AUGCUGCCAUUGAUCCGAACCGUGAGCAUUCAGACCGGACCUACGAUCGCUUCGCAGACCAGAUCAGCGUCACCAUGCAAUGGGACAGCUCGUGCACCUCUGCCUCCUCACAGCUGGUUAGGAUCGACCCAGACUGCCGGACAGGGGGACGAGUCGGUCAAGAAUAUACAAUGGAGUGUGUUAGAGUUGCAAAUGCCAAGCCGCCGCCCGAAUUCCGAAAAAAAAAGUUGGACGAAAUGGAAAUUUUCCACCAAAAGGAGCCUUCGCAAAGUCAUUCUUCUUGCUCCUCUUCACCGUGCGAUCCGUCCACCUACUGCAUCCCUUUCAAAAGCAUCAUUUAGAUACAAGAUGCCGACUCCGAAGCGAUCCAGAUCCAGCAACGACGGCUCUAGCAGCUCGCACCGCAACGGCAGCGGACCGGGCGCCACCGUCUAUCGCAAAUCCGCCAAGAAGCAACGUUCGGAUCAAGAAGCAGCUUCGCAACCAAAGAAGCCUACCCAGCCACAACUUACACGAUCCAAAGAUGACCCUAAACCCAAAACUAAGCACGAGUUCAUUCAGGCCAAGAAAGCGGCUGCGCUGAAGGAGAAGGAGGCGGCGAACGCUGCACGACGAGCUGAGGAAGCUGCCGAGAAGCAGGCGUUGAAGAAGCAGCAAAAAGGCAAAGCACCAUCAAAAACAGCAGCGCAACCACCGGCCAUCCUCAUCAAACCUCCCACACCCACUUCUACCUUCCGAAUCGUAGCCGGAUCGUACGAGCGUCUUCUGUACGGUCUGGAAGCAUCCGUCGAAGCCUCUUCCGGCGCAUCUUCAUCCACCGCCUUCGACAUCACUCUCAAACCGAUCUUCACCUUCCCCGCACACAUCUCCUCCAUCCGAACGGUGGCAACCGCCGGAUCCGAUUCGAAGUGGCUCGCUACAGGCGGAACCGACGAGAUCGUCAAAGUGUGGGACCUGCGCAAACGUCGAGAGGUAGGCCAACUGACGGGUCACGAAGGCACCAUCACUUCGCUCACCUUUGCCUCCCGAACCUACCUGCUCACCACCUCUGCUGAUUCCAACAUCAACCUCUACCGCACCCGCGACUGGGCGUUGCUGCGAACGCUCAAAGGUCACAUCGGCCGCAUCAACAGCGCUGCACCCCACCCGACGGGGAGACUGGCACUCAGCGUCGGGUCCGACCGUACCAUCCGAAUGUGGGAUCUCAUGCGUGGUCAAGCAGCGGCGAGUACACGUAUCGGAAUCGAAGCCGACCUCGUUCGUUGGGAUACCACAGGCAAGAGGUUUGUGGUGCUGGCGUACAGGCAGGCGAUGAUCUUUGGUACGGAUAUGAGCAAGUUGGCCGAGGUGGAGGAGAAGAAACGCAUCGGCGAUGUGUGUUUCUUCCGAGUCAAGGAUGGAGAGGGUAGGGAGAGGGAGCUGUUCUUUGCUGGUUUGGAGGACGGGAUUGUCAAGGUGUUUGAUCUUGACGCUAGUGUCGUUGAAGAGUCCAAGGAUGCCAAGGUUGCGGAGGAAGAUGAUGAGGACAGCGACGAUGAAGAGGAUGAAGAAGACCUCACACCGCUCGUGGAAGUAGGUCGAUUGGUAGGGCACAAGAAUCGCGUUCGAUCCGUCAUCGUCCUCCCCGUCCUCCUCCCCCGCGGCGGGCAAAGCACCACAUCCUACGUCGCCAUCACCAUCUCCUCCGACGGACUGAUCCGAACCUUCGAUCUCUCCUCCAUCAUCACCUCCCUCUCUUCCACACCACGCACUCGCUCCGAAUACGCUUCCUCCAUCGUCUCUGUCGAAAGCAACGCUCACUUCGACACCAAAGGUACACGACUCACCUGCUUGACCGCCGUAGGCAUCGCUCCAUCCACCCACGACAACGCCGAACAACAAGAACAAGAAGACGAGGUAGACGUCCUCGACAGCGCCGACGAGGAUGAUGAUGAGGAGGAGGAGGAAGAAAGCGAGGUGGACGUAGAAGCGGAGGACGCCGAACUCAAGGCCUUGGAACGCGCCCUCACGGAUGCCCAGGAGAAAGGGUUGGAUCUUGCCGAUCUCGAGGGUUUGCUCGACGGCGAUGACGACGAUGAGGAUGACGAAGACGAGGAAGAUGACGAUGGUCUCGUCAUCGAGGAGGCAGAGGAGGAUGAAGAGGAGGAGGAGGACGAAGACUAUGGCGAGCUCGAGUAG